AAAUCUCUUUGAAAAUAUUCCAAGAAUGUUUCCUAACCUAAACACAGUUCGUGCAUAUAUAUAGUUUUAAGUUCCUGACACCGCUAAUUUACAGUUAAAAUUACGAGUUUAAAAAUUUUAUUUCAUCUAUUUUGUUACUUCUUGCAAGUUAUUGUUACAAUUUCAAUUUUCUAUAUUUGUAUAAACAAUGAAGCGUAUUAUAAAUGCACAGUUAGCAAAGUUUAUUGAUUUAAGUCCAAACAUAUGUGAUCCUUUCGUUGAAACAACAAAUUUGUCGUCAGAGAUAAUGAUAGAUGAAGCUGAUCAAAAGGAUAAUGGAAAAUCUCGUAAUUCAAAGAGACACAAUCGUAAAAAGCAUCGUGAAUGUAGACUACUCGCUAAAUGCGAAAAGGUCAUACAAAGUAAAUUGAAUUCAAAUCAACAGAGUAAUUUGGAUGCAAUGAUUUUUAAUGAAAUGUGUGAUGAGGCUGAUAUAGUUCGCGAUAAUGAGACGAAGAGGGAGUUGGCUAAAGAAGGAUGCCGAAAAGUUAAAAGGUGUCUAAAAUUACUUCGAGGAUUCGAUAAGGAUUUAAAACUUGACAUUGCAGCUGCCCAACUUGAUAGGAAUGAUGAAGCAAUGCCUCCUACUCCUAAUAAUAUUAAGAUUGAGACUCGAAAUAGAUUUCGAAGUCUGUGUUCAAAACCUGUCGACGUUGAGGAGAAGUUUAACGAAUCUCAGGGCAAGGAACUUCUUAGCGUCACUGAAACCGAACCGAUUGUUCAUUCUCCAAGGACACAAAGCCUCAAGGAGAGAGAAUUGUUUCAUGAUACUUUUUCAUUCCUGAUAAAACUUGGAAGUACGGACAAAGAACGAAACAAUUGCAAUCGUCAAAUGAGUCGGGAGGAAACAAGAUGGCAAAAUGAAUUGAAGGAUUUAAUUUGGCUUGAAUUACAGGCCAAUAAAGCUGAUCGAAGUCCUUUGGCUCAAGAUGAAUUUCUUUGUAAGCAACGAGAAGCUGUUGGUCCAUUACUCAGGGAAAUACUCGAGUACCGAUACAGUGGAGUCGGGAAUCUCAAUUCUUGUGGAUCAAGUUCAACUAAUGAUGUGGAGUCCAUCAAAUUUUCUUCUCCAAAUUGUACUGAAAAUACCAUUUGCUAUGGAUGUCUCUCUAUGUAUUGCCGAACUUGUGUUCGAACUCAAAUUGACGCUUUAAAACAAGUUGAAGUAUUGCUUGCGAGACUUGAGGCUGCGGAAACACUAUUCCCAUCGUCGCAAGCUUUUGCUAGUCAAUAUCCUCUUAGUAAGAGUCUCGAAUUCACUGGCAGAGUGAAAGCAAUGUGCCUCUGGUAUAAUAUGACUCGGCAACAUCGACUCAAGUUGUUAAUUCUGGGAAAAUUGCUAAUGUUGUUACAUACAAAAAAGAAACACGACGAUAAUACUGACAGCGGUUUUGGAUCACACAAUACAAAUAGCGAUCAUUCGAUGGAACAACGACCAUCAUUGGUUCGAUUUGAAGUUCCUGAUGACAAUACGAGUCCGUCUGAUAGUAACAAUAGUAAUGCAUCUCAUUCAUCUUCAAUCAGUGGUGUCUCAUUUGGAAGAACGUAUUCUUCAUCGUCAGAAUCAGCUUUUAGUUACACCGAAGAUGAAAAAUUAGAAAGACUUGAUUUUUACUUAAUGGAGUUUGAUCGUCAAGCCUACAGAAAAUACAUAGAAGAUGUUUUAAAGACAAAAGGACUGAGAAAGAGUUUAAAUUUUUUGGAAAGACUGCACACGACACUUCUACGAAAGGCAAGAUUGUCUUUAGAGAAACAUCAGGAAGACUGUGACAGCAGUGGAACUGAAGAAUUCGAAGGCGAUGAUGAAUUAAGACGUUACGGAGCUUGGAGUCCAGAAGCCAAGGAAAUAAAUUUACCUUCUUACAGAGCAGCCUUUUUAUUUCUCUCGCGCGUUCCUUUGGACGUUAUUCACGAGUUUAUGAUGAUGAGACUGGAACAAAAGCCAGAACAACCGAGUCCUUUGUCAGUUCGUCAAUUAAUGAGGGAACUUCGUGAGGGUCUUAGAAUUGCAUGUCUUCAUCGUGAUCGUUUUGCAAAACAUUCACUCGUCGCCAUGGCUUGUGAUAAGAAAAAUAGUGACGCUUUCUUUCAACAGGAAUUAAAAGAAUUUGACACUAGUUUAAAAGCUGUUUUUGAAGUUUAUCUCGAUUAUUUAAAGCAAUGGGUCGAGAUGGUGAAUCACGACAGUUUUCAUAAAAAUCUAAUUAUGAAGGAAUGGAAUUUUGUCAAGUCCAUCGCUCCUGAUAUUGUUGACGGUUACUCAAUAGCUGGGAAAAAAUUUUGUGAGAUUGUUCAAAUGAUGAUAAGACAAGUUAUACAAUUUCUAACUGAAAGACCUGAGGAACUUAAUGAAAGUGAAGUGUCCAAGGAAGAUGAGGAAUGGUCAACGAGAUUUCACUGGAUGUCGGUUGGUCGUGAAUGGCAGGGAAUGUUCGUAAAGGCUCAAAAUAAUGUCGUAAAAAGUGUCAAUCUUGCCAAAUGCGUGAGAAAUGAAAUUGAAAAUUGGCCUGAAUUUAAUGACGAUUUAAAACAUUGCAUCGUUUCAUUAAAAGAUGGAGUUCUAAAUUUAAGACGACAAAUCGUUUUAGUGAUUCAAGAGUUUCAGAAUAAAAUCGACAAAGUUAAGGAACCUAUAGAAGUAAUUGAAGUCGAUUGUCUAGCAUUUCGAACGAGAGUCAGAGAAAUUUUACAUCAAGCCUAUCGAAUGGGCUUUGAGUAUCAUAAAGAACUUUGUCGAUUAUUUUUAUCGCAAGAAAGAGAACUUCUUGUUCACGAUUUAGUUGACUUUGCCUUUUUGUGGAUGAACUUUGUGAGGAAUCGUUGUGAACGUGGACGAGGUCUACGACCAAGAUGGGCAAAUCAGGGUUUGGAUUAUUUAAUGACUGUUUGCGAACCACUUAAUACUAAAUAUUUGACUGACGAUGAAUUCGAGGAGUUGAAAUCGUGCAUGGAUCGGUGUAUUUCUCACGUUAUUGGCAGUGCCUCAUCGCCGGGAAUUAAUUCAGAAGGCGAAGGUUUGAAAAAAUUAUCACAUUCGAGAGCAUCAUCGCCCUCACAGGGACGAAACAGGGCAUCGAGUUUCAAUCAAAAAAAUAAAGAUUUCUUGAAGUCUCCGGAAGUUUUGGGAUUAAUAAAAAAAUCACCAUCGCAAACGGCCGUUGAUGGGAGUGCGACAACAUCCGAGAAUACGUUCACAAGACAAGAAAGAGUUUUGCAAGCGGUGCAAAAAUUAGAGGUUCUUAUAAAUGAGAAAUUAAAGAGUCUCGAGCUAAUUGGACAAGUUACUGACAGGAAAAGCGUUGAUAAAAUUCAUAUAAAAGCUAAACGUGUCACCUUCACAUGGCAGAGAGGAAUUAAAAUUGGUCAGGGACGUUUUGGAAAAGUUUAUACUGUUGUCAAUAAUCAGACGGGAGAACUUCUAGCUAUGAAGGAACUUCAACUUCAACCUGGAGAUCACAGAGCUAUUAAAAGGAUUGCAGAGGAACUUAAAAUCUUCGAAGGUAUUCAACAUCAACAUUUGGUGCGAUAUUAUGGCUUGGAGGUUCACAGAGAAGAAAUGUUGAUAUUCAUGGAAUUUUGUGCAGAAGGCACUCUUGAAAGUUUAGUCGCUGGAAGUGAAAUUGGUUUGCCUGAAACUUUAGUUCGAAAAUAUACGAAUCAAAUGCUUCUUGCGGUUGCAGUACUUCAUGCUCAUGGAAUAGUUCAUCGAGAUAUUAAAACUGCCAAUAUAUUUUUAACAAAUGAAGGAGAUUGUUUGAAAUUGGGAGAUUUUGGUUGUGCGGUUCAAAUUAAGGCGCACACGACAAUGCCAGGUGAAUUGCAAGGUUUCGUUGGGACACAAGCUUAUAUGGCUCCGGAAAUAUUCAUGAAAAACGAGAGCAGUGGACAUGGCAGGGCUGCGGAUAUUUGGUCCGUUGGAUGCUGCGUCGUUGAAAUGUCCAGCGGACGAAGACCCUGGUCGGAGUUCGAUUCAAAUUACCAAAUAAUGUUCAAGGUUGGUAUGGGAGAAUCUCCUGCGCUGCCAAAAAGUCUUUCCCAGGAAGGAAUUGAUUUUAUACAAAAAUGUUUACAACAUGAUUCGAGAAAGCGACCAACGGCAAAUUCUCUUCUCUCUCACAGCUUCGCUCGCGCCUAUGAUGACGUGAAUGCUGACUAAUCGUCUCGAUUAUGAAAAAGACAAUAUUCGUUAAUUGUGAUUAACAUAAAUUCCCCCCCCCCCUUUUUUUGCAAUCUCAAACACAAAAUUUAUCAUUAAUUUUGAAAAUCUGCUCCACAAAGUGUUGAAUUAAUUUUAUAUCUUCGAAAAAUCCCAUCUCUAUAAUAGCUGUAAAUAGUACUUAGUUCACAAGUUCCAUUUUCAAUGGAAAUAAUGGCUAGUGAUAGUUUUGAUAAAAUUUAAGAGCAACCUCUAUGAGGGAAUGAAAAUAAUUAUCGUAUAAAUUAAGUCGUCUAAAACUUUUCAUUGGAAAUUUUAUCAAUACGCCGAUAAAAAUUGGAAAAUAUGUUUUAGAAAUUGUAUUCUUGAGAGAAUAAUCAAUUUUCCAAUUAAAUAUUUUGAAUUGAAAAUAACAAAGAAGAAAAGUUUUAGAAUUAAAAAGGAAUGAUUCGAUCUUGAAUGUGAAUAAAAAUGAAAUAUAAAAGUAGAAAGAUUUACGAAAGAAUAUUAUGGAAUGAGAGCAAAAAGUGUAAAAUAAGAAUAUAGAUGUAAGAUAUGAGGAAAAAAUUUUUUUUCAUGAAAAAAUUGAUAGGAAUUUAAAGACUAAGGAGAGUAUAUAAAAUAUAAAAGUAGGAGGAAAUAAAAAAUUUAUUCUUCGUUAUAAAAAAAAAGGAGUGAAUAGUGUACUCAAGACUAUUUUGAAUAAAAAUGACAACUUCGAA